AUGGCUAGACGGUUCACUUUAGAUUGCUGUUUCAUUUUUGCUUGCUCCUUGUUCAUUGGAGCCCAUGGAAGAGCAUUUGGUCAACCCUCUGAAAGCGAGCUACCGGAAGACGACCUUGAAUAUGAGAAAAUCUUUAGCGGUAAACCUGUUUCCAUGGAGGCUACUCACAACAAAAUGGCCUUCCUGAGUGAAGACAAGUACGGACCAGAGAAGGUCGAGAUUUAUUUGUUCAAUGAGACUUCGGCUCCUCCAAUUCUAGGAGCCAAGAAUACUACCACUUUUGAUGUUGUCGUGAAAGAGGAAAAUGAACCUAGUGGAUAUUCACUGGACAAACGGAUUGUGGGCGGAUCCCAAGCCCAGGAGGGAGAAUUCCCGUACCAUGUGGCUGUGAUCUUUCAGAGAAACGGCUUCUUCUAUUAUACUUGUGGCGGCACUCUCGUCGCGAAGAACAAGGUCCUCACGGCCGCUCACUGUGUGGAUGUCACUAGGCGAUCAUAUUAUGUCGUAUUGGGUAUCAGCUCUUUGGCCGGCGUGGGAUCAAAUCCAGACGCCCAGCUCAUUAGUGUCAGCAGGGUAGAAAUGCACGAGGACUAUGUCGACUAUCAUUUCUACGAUAUCGCUAUGCUCACACUGGCUGAAAACGCGGAUCUGACGUCCCCGAAAGUAGAGUUGAUCAAUACUGCCUUCUGGACGGACGCCAGGUGGACAGGUGUAUGCAAACUUUCAGGCUGGGGGCUUUUAGAAGGCGGCGGAUCCACACCAUCUGAAUUGCAGAAGACGCCUUUUCGUGUGACUUCCAUCUACAACUGUGGAUAUCAGUGGUUCCAGUCUACGAACCGUUUGUAUGUCAUUCCCAUGCACGUCUGUACCCUUAAUGAAGGAAUCUCGUCUUGUAAUGGCGACAGCGGUGGUCCCUUGGUAUGUAAUGGUAGACUCGCUGGCAUCGUUUCGUGGGGAGCUACUGGCUGUACCGGGGAGCUUCCCUCCGUCUACACGCGAGUUUCUUUCUUCACGAAAUGGAUCAAAGAACGACUCUGA